AUGAGCAACCAAAAAGGUCAUGUUGUUGAGCUCACUUAUCCUGCCCAAGGCCACAUAAACCCACUCCUCCAGUUUGCCAAACGUUUAGCCUCCAAAGGGCUCAAGGCCACUCUAGCCACAACCCAUUACCCUGUCAAGUCCAUUCAUGCAACCACUGUUGGUGUUGAGCCCAUCUCAGAUGGCUAUGAUGAAGGUGGAUAUAAGCAAGCUCCUAGUACAGAAGCCUACUUAGAGUCCUUUAAAUCAGUUGGCUCAAGAACUUUAUCAGAGCUCAUAUCUAAGUUCAAAGACUCAGCCUCACCAAUAAACUGUGUUGUGUAUGACUCUUUGCUUCCAUGGGCUCUUGAUGUGGCCAGGCAAUUUGGCAUUUAUGCAGCAGUAUUCUUGACAAACUCAACUUUUGUGUGCUCCAUGUACUGGCAUAUCGAUCAUGGUCGCCUGACUUUGCCAGAGAUGCAAGCAACUGAGCCUGUGUUAUUGCCUGGACUACCUUCACUUGGCCCUGCUGACUUGCCCAGUUUUCUUGCAUAG